AUGGCCGAUUACAGCAAGUGGAAGGUUACCGAGCUCAAGGCGGAACUUAAGACUCGCGGUGUGCCGCAGACCGGCCUGCGGCUCAAGCAAGACUAUGUCGAAAAACUGAUCGCGUUAGACUCGGAAUCGACUAAGAAACCUGCCAUCCAAGAUACAUCAGCGGGGUCGCCCUCUAGUAGAGAUGAGAAAAAUGAGGACGACUUAAAAGUCGGCGAGCCAACCGCUUCACAACAGUCUACGACGGAGUCACUUCCAACGGAGGGAGCACCAAGCCCACAAAAACAGAACUUGCAACAACAACAACAAGAAGAGCAAGAUACAAUCGGCGCACAGAACCAACAAGUGGACGCGCAUGGGUCAGAAGAUGCUUCAGAGAAAAUUGUUCAAGCUGGAGAGGAUAAGAAAAGCCCCGUUGAUCACGCACCCCUACCACCUGACGAACCAGUGCCAGCAGAGGGGAGCCCAGAAACCAAGAUCCAUGACACCGAGGCCUCAUCCCAAGCACAAGAAGGAAUUGUGACAGAAGAGCAGGCAACUGCGCAAAGCCACCCAGCCGACGUCUCGCCAGAUGCCGUACCUCCUAUCGCCGAAAGUGUUGACGACUUGCGCAAACGCAAACGGCGAAGCCAAAGCCCCCCUCCUUCUGCUGAGGCAAUUAAGAAAUUAAAGGCUGAAAACGAAAACCCACAACUCCUGUUUCAAGAAAUUACAACACAAAAUCAUGUGGAGUACCAUCAAAAUGAGUUAUCUACCACUCAACCUCAGCAAGAAAAUGAAAUCCAAAGGCCUGAACAUUCCUUGCCUGAACCUUUAACCGAUGCCAUACCUCAUACGUCUGCUGGACGACAGGAUCACCGAUUCAGAGAUUUACUCCCUCCCCCAGGACAGCGAAAGUCUAUACAAUCUCCCGAGUAUCCAGAAGAUGACGAUCGUCAGGUUGAACCGGCUCUCCACCCGGCAACAUCAUCAAUAUACAUUCGGAAUCUUAUGAGACCUUUACAGCCCUUGAACUUAAAGAAUCACCUCUUGUCACUUGCUGCGCCAGCUGAGAAGCAACCAGACGCCGAGGUCCUGUUGGAUUUCUUCCUAGAUUCAAUUAAGACUCAUUGCUUUGCGAUCUUUGAUAGUGUCUCUACCGCAUCAAGAGUGAGAUCGAAACUACAUGGCUCAGUUUGGCCUAAUGAACGCGAUCGCAAACCUCUUUGGGUGGAUUUCACCCCCGAGGACAAGGUGGACGACUGGAUUAAAACCGAGCAGGACUCGGUUUCCGCUGGUCGGGGUUCCCAGCGUUGGGAGGUGGUCUAUGAAGAGACAGGUAAUGGCAUCGAGGCUAUUCUUCAAGAAGCUCGCGGUAGCACUAGAUCCGGUCAUACACAAACAGCGCCUGCUCGCCGUCCAAGUUCUAAUACUCUCGAAUCACGGCGAGAAAGUCAACCUUCGGGGUCCCCGCGUCAAGAAAGAGGCGGUGAAGGCUUCAAGGCUCUCGACGAUCGUUUCCGAUCCACGAAAACUAAACCAAAGCUCUACUAUCUUCCUGUAUCGCGCGAUAUCGUUGACAAACGUCUAGCCCAGUUCGAUACUUUGACAUGGAAAAUUUCGCGACAUAGUGAUCAGGGUAGUGACGAUACGCGCCGCAUUACAUUUGAGGAUAUCGAUGUAUUUGUCGACGGCGGUCCAGAAUAUAGAGUGCCUCCGCAAAAUUAUGGGGGUCGACACGCAGGCCGUGGAUCCUGGCGUGGUCGGCGACGAUAA